AUGUCGCCCUUGUUGCUGCUUGGGAAAAUUACUGAGUACCCAAGAGAUCUUGUGCGCAAACCCAGAUUUGUCGAUCCAUUUAUUUUAGCCUGCCAUAGUCGACAUGCAAAGCUUGCCGGAAUCGGAGUUGUCUGCUUGCAGAGACUUGUGGCUUCACGGUCUCUACCUUCUGAGAGGCUGAAGGAUGUCCUUGGGGGAUUGAAAGAGACCACUAGCCUGAGCCUGGAUAUCCAACUCAAAAUUUUGCAGUCCUUGCCCUCACUUUUGCAGCAUUAUUCCAAUGACCUAGGCGGAGAGCUUCUUGCAAGUACAUUAGAAAUAUGUGCUACGCUGCAAACAAGCAAAACUCUUGCCGUAUCUAGCACAGCAGCGGCCACUCUUCAGCAGUUAGUAGUCUCGACAUUCGAACGAGUUGCUGAAGAAGACAAAACUCUCGAUGAAGGCAAGCCACGAGUGACAAUCAAGCUUGAAGCUGACUCCGUGAACAUCGGGUACUCUGCGUACGAUGCAUUGCGGCGCGUAAAGGUCUUGGAUGAUCUGUGCCGGCUUGUAGAUGGCGAGCAAUUGCAUUUUCUGCGUAUCAAGUCACUUUCUCAAACGUUCACAUUGGAGCUCAUCGAGAGCAUUCUCACUAACAGCGGACACUUAUUUGUUGGACAUGCGGAGCUCACGCAUGUUUUGCGGACUCGGCUCAUGCCGAUGACAGUCAGGUACCUCUCUGAGAGGCACGGCUUUGCCUUUACCAGCCGCGUUGCUCGGAUUCUUCUUAUACUUCUCAAGCGUUACAUGUCUCUUCUGACAGCCGAAUGCGAGAUGGCUCUUGGGUUGCUGACUCACCUUCUCGAACCCGAUGGGACGUCGCCUUGGAAAAGAAUAACACUUGAAGCCGGCGGAGUUGCUGGGGUUAUUGGGGCCACUGGCCCUUCUACUGAGACUAAUUUCCAGGGAAUUAGCAGUCAGUGGAGCACAGUCCGCACGCCGUACAUCGAGCUGCUUGACAAGACCGAUCCGCCAUCUCCCCCUGAAACAUACAUCUACAGCCUAGUGCUCAAUUGUAUCACCUCAUUUGCAGAAGGGCUGGCGAAAUUCAUACUUCCAUUAACUGUCCCAGACUCAAAGCAGAAGCGGAGAAGUCGGAUUAUGAGCCCCGACAAAAGCAAUACUACUAAGCCUGCACAUAAUCUUCAGAGAAAGGAUUCCAGCACAACGAUACACCGAUCGAAUUCCAAGAAACUCGCGAUACCUCUUAAUCCCUUGGACCUAGAUUCUCACCCUCAAUUGACAGCAAUCAAGGCCUGCGCCGGCAUCAUUGAGAAUUGCUGGCCUGCUAUACUUGCAGCCUGUUCGACAUUUCUCUACGCUUCGUUGGACGAAAAUUACUAUCACAACCUUGUUCGAUCUUUUCAGAAGCUCGCUCAUGUUGCCGGCCUUCUCAGACUGUCCGUUCCGCGGGACGCUUUUUUGACUACUCUAGCGAAGGCUACAAUGCCAGCUGAGAUGGCUGGUGCUUCGACUGCAGCUGCCUCAGAUUCCCACAGCAUUACCGCCAUGGAUGAAAAACGCAAGGGCGGCGUGGUGUCCCUUGUUAGCUCCCCAUUUCCUGCGGACGGUCCGAGAGCAUCUGCGGAAAUUGCUUCAUUGUCACUAAGCACCAGAAAUCUGCUGUGCCUCCGUGCUCUCUUGAAUUUGGGGAUUGCCCUCGGUCCCACUUUAGAUCAGCCGGCCUGGUCGAUCAUUCUCGGAACGCUGCAGGAUGUAGACUUACUCAUCGGUAUGGCCUCCAGCAAAACAAAUAGCUCUAUCAAUAAUGCGGUGGAUGUGUCAGGCGAUAUGUCUAAAGCCAACCUCGGGGCAGAAAUUACAGCUGUUCAAGCAGCCUCUGCAAAAUUGUUCGAGAGCACUGGUGACUAUCCGAGCGAUUCGUUCGACGGUCUGCUGAUUGCUCUCCUUGACCUCUCCGGCACAACUGAAGAACCAGUUAAAGAUGAGCCAUCUGAAAAGAUACCGGGGACUCCUAACUCCUCACCGUCGCAAAAGCACGUCGGUUGGCCACGGAGGAACAACCGGGGUGUGUCCUUUGUGGCCGAAAAGUCCAGAGUGCGGGAUGAAGAACUGAAGUUUGUCUUGGACAAAGCAAAAGAGCUCGCCCAAGCAAAUCUUGAACGCUUGUCGUCGUUGGCCGACACCGACCGCGGCGUCUGGCAGCUGCUCACUGAGCGGUUGAUUGCCACCGCCGCAAACCCAGAGAUAAGCCAGAGACUUCGUCUAAAAGCGAACGGUGUACUCAGCUAUGUCGUAUUUGAGACUAUGAAACAGGGAGACGAUGCUGAUGAUUCAGUCCGAAACGCGCGUCAUAUCAGAAACCUGGAAACUCUGAACAUGCAAGUCUCGACGCUCUAUUCGGUUAACGCUUGCAUGCCAGGGUUACCACCCUCUACCUCCGUCAUAGAGAUUCAUGAGCAGAGUCUGGAGACGUUAAAGAGUAUUCUGGAGCAGUACGCAGAGUCUUUCAGUGAUGGAUGGACGCUUGUCUUCAGUCUGAUAUCUAGUGUGUUCGGGGACGUUUCAAAUGGCGAGAGCGCGGCAGCGGCAGGAGAUACCUCUAGCAGGGCGCGUGACACACGCUCGGUAGCCGAUUCGCCUCGGCUCGUUCGUGCUGCAUACAAAUCUCUACAGUUAGUCGCUUCUGAUUUUAUCGCUCUCUUGCCACGCCAAUGUCGGUUGGACCUCGUGAAUUCAUUAUCCCGUUUCGCUUUACAGCAAGAGGACUUCAAUAUCUCCUUGACAACGACAUCAUCUUUCUGGAAUGUAUCUGAUUUUCUGCAAGGGCAAAUUGAGGAAUUCUGCAUUGAGUCGCAUGUCGAACUCUCAGUCAGCGAGGAGACACUUUCGACUCUUGCAAGAGGUGAUGAACCCUGGGUCUCACGAAAUGCGCUGUGGCUGCUGCUUCUGCUUAGGAUUGUAAGCCUUGCGAGGGAUAGCAGGCUGGAGAUCCGAAACUGCGCGAUUCAAACCCUUCUAAGGAUUUUUGAUGCGUACGGGCAACAACUUUCACCCAAGGCAUGGCGUCUGUGUCUGAAUCGUGUUUUGUUCCUAAUGGUUGAGGCCAUCGAACUUGAACUCGCAAAUUCUCGGGCAGCGGAGAAGGCCAGAGGCUCUGAGGUGGUUCAGUCUUGGAUAGAAACAGCAGUUGUCAUGAUCAAGGGGUUUUCCAAUCUGAUAACUACAUUUUUCGGGCCUAUUGUCGGAGACGGUGCCUUUGACGCUUCCUGGGAACGUCUCCUGGGAUAUUUGCACAAGCUUAUCAGCUCGAACUUCCUGGAGCUAAGUGAAGCGGUAUUCUCCAGUCUGGCAAACAUCCUUCUUCGGGCGCAGACGACAAAUAAUAUGAGCAAGAAGGCUCUCGGACUCGCUUGGUCGCUGUGGGUUGCUGGCCAUCCUGCUCCCAGGGAGGACAUGAUUGACCUCGGACGCCCAAAUCAGGAUGCAUCAUCUGCAUACUUGCAGGCAUUUCAGGAGUUGUAUUCCCUCUAUAAGGACGAUCUAGGGGAUGACCAUAUUGAGCAUAUUCUCCAUCAUUUGCGCCUCCUCGCUUGGAACUCCGUCUCCUCUCCUUAUUCACCGGACGUGGAUCGGGUUUCGGAUGUACAAGCAAUUAUCAUUGACUGUGUGAAACUGCUAUGUUCAGACAAGCCGGAGGCCCAGCCAAAGAUCGUUUUCUGUCUUGCUGACUUGGUUGAUUCCGCAUUGACAAAAUGGUCCCUAGAUUCAGAUUCGAGAAGGCCAACUUUUGUUGCGUUCUCGAAAAGCGCUGUAGAGCUCCUGGGCUGGUAUAUUGCUGCCUUUGGUAUCAGGGAAGAUAUCUUCUCCAAUGGCUCUCUAUCUUGUGCCUUGGAACAUCUUGGGAACCCAAUUGUUCAAAGGUACGAGUGGCCGGGAAAAGACCGAGAUCCCAGUUUAUGGCAGAAAUCGACCACUGCAGUGCUGGAUAUCCUCCAUGUGGCGGUUCCAUACGUCGAAAAGCAAUACGAAAACGCAAAUUUGGAAGAGAUCUCGCGGUUCUGGAAGUGCGUGGUAGACAUUGUGAACGGCAUUGCCUCUGCGAAAGGUUAUCGAACCCGUUCAAUUCCCACAACAAAAAUCCACGCAGACGAAACCUUUGAUAUCGAUGCUAUGAACAAGCUCAAGUCCAUCAUCAUUCCAUCUCUAGGCGCAUCCGUCAUUCCAGACAAUAUUCGACGCCAAUUCGCUCGUACGAUAUUCGACUCCUCUUUCAUCUACCAGCAACAGCGUUUUGGCGCUCCUAUCAAGUAUUCGGAUAAGGAGCUCCUGCAGGAUCUAUAUGAUGUCCGGCCUGGCCGAACGUUUGACCCACCGCCAACCCCACGUGCUCGGAUGGCAUACGUUCUGAUCGACACGCUAUUUGAGCUCGCAUCAGCCUCCCAGCCCAACAAUGAUGAUACAUCCAGAAAAGAGACAAGUGAUACGGAGCAAACGACAGCCCGCGUUCUGCUCUCGCGCUCUGUCUCCCCGUAUCUCAUACUCCGAUGCGCCGUGUCCCUGAAGGCAUACAUCGCGGAUCAGCCACUCCGCGGACUCAUGCCGCAGCCCACGCCGGCGCGCAAGGCGCUGCUACAUCUUCUCCGCGGCAUGAUCGAUUUGCGGAGCGAACCAACUGCCAUUCCUCCUCCGCCUAUGAUCAGGACAGUGGUCAUGUCAUCCGCCGACUCAAGCCAGGCUGGAAAUGAACAUCACAAGAAACAUCUGGAAUGGAUAUACCCACUCGUUAUAAAGGCGGUGCAGGUCGCUGGAAGGGAAAAAGAUGACGGAGAGGUUCUCCAGGUUCUUGGAGCGGUCUUAGAACGGGUCGGCAAUGAUGUUUAA